AUGUAUCCGAAACGCCAAAAUGCUCUUCAAGAUGCGAUCAAUGAAGAUGAGACGCUACGUGAAAGUCGGUUGAAGAAAUUGAAAAAAUUUUGCAAAACCAGAUGGGUAGAGCAACACGAGUCUGUCGCAACUUAUCUGCACUUACAACCAGCAGUAAUUCGCGCUCUUGAUGUGAUUUCGACCACCUGGAAGGAUCCGACGACUUCAUCUGGAGCUUUUCAACUUCUUUCAGCAAUAAAAACUGCAAAUUUCCAGGUAAAAUUCAAGACUCACACUAGCACGUUACCAGCUCUCUAUUAUAAGAUGUUUGUAUAUUCUUCAUUCUUUGAAUUUAAUUUCCAGAUCUCCAUGCAUAUUUUGAGCUCAGUACAUUCUUUGACUUUGUCUCUCAGUCGAGUACUUCAGUCCGAAAACCAGGAUCUUGGCGAGGCUAUCGAACUGGCUGAUGCUGCGAAACAAGUCCUGCUUGAAAGAAGAGAAAACGCCGAAAAGGACUUCAGAGGAAUUUUCAAAACCGUGAGCGAAAUCAGCGCAAAAUACGACAUCGAACUGCGGAAACCAAGGCUCGCGUCAAAACAGACUCAACGCUCCAACGUACAAACUGAUUCAGUUCAAGAUUAUUUUCGCAUAACGAUUUACAUCCCAUACAUUGAUUUGUUUCUGACCCAUAUACAAGAUCGAUUUUUGAAUCACCGCAAAAUUUUAUCAAACUUUGCUUGCCUCUUCCCCAACAAAAUGAAGAAUUUCAAUGAAGAAUCCUGCGCUCAACUGUUUGAACCAUACUCUUCAAUUUUGCGGGAUGAUUCCCGUGACAUCUGGGUAGACGAAGUCAAACUUUGGCGUCAACGCAUCGCCGGAAAGAACGUUAAAAAUUCGCUUGAAGCACUCGAUGUGUGCAAUGGAGAUGCGUUUCCAAAUGUACAUCAAAUGCUUCGCAUUUUGGCAGUUCUGCCUGUAACGACAGCAACGAAUGAACGCUCCUUUUCAACAUUGCGUCGCCUCAAGACUUACCUCAGGUCAACAAUGUCUGAAGAUCGGCUGAACGGAUUAGCUUCGCUCAACAUACAUCGCGAUGUCGAGGUCGAUCCGCAAAGAGUUUUGGAGAAGUUUUUUUCUACACCUCGCAGAGUUAAUUUAUUAUAUAAUAACUGA